GUUGUAUUUUCUUAAGAAACAUGACGGUUGUGUUCUAGUAGGUGAUGUGUAAUUUUCGUGAGAGGAGACACUAAGUAAAUAUUUUCUACUAGUAUUUAUUUAAGCUUUAGUGACAAAAUUACAAGGUUUAAGUUGAUUGGAACACCACUCAAAAAAGGAGGAAGGCGACAAGGAGGACUUGGAAUUUUAGGAUAUACCGCGGAAUAAAUCUAUUUGGUUUACUGGACAUUCCAUUAUUGGAAAUUGGAAUACCGAAUAAUUACUUUCUCCCUCGAAUGGAAGGCGGGAAGGCUCUCCUCUUUGCACACACUUUAUUUUAACACACAAAUGCUAAGUAGCAUCUUACCCAAACGCAAAUGGGUAUCGAUCCUUUCGUUAAAUGUUUCUUUAAAUACCUCAUCUCCUCAGUUUUCUCUGCUCAUUAAUUCAACACACUCACAAUAAGCCUAACAUUUUUCUAACACAAGAAUGGGCGAUCUUCAUUCUGCAAACAACAAUGUACAGGCCCAUAUUUUAGCCGUCAUUUUUGAUCUGGAUGGCACCCUUAUAAGCACAGAGCACUUGACAAAGGAAAUUUUGAAGGAAUUUUUGGCUGGAUAUGGGAAGGUGCCAGAUAAGGAGAAGGAGAAGAAAAGAUUGGGCAUGACCCAGAAAGAGUACGCUAUUGGUAUUGUUAAUGAUUAUGACCUCCCGCUCACGUCCGAUCAGUAUAUCGAAGCAAUCAUGCCCUUUUAUCAUGACAA